AUGGCAGCCUGCCAGCAUAUAAAUCCUUUGCAUUAUAAGACACAGGACGCAACAGGAAUGCGUCGAGAUAGCACUGAGUUUGGUAAUAAUGCUGAAACAGUUGAACCAAUUAGGAAAUCAUGGAAUAUAAUAAACACAAAUACUGUGUUGGGAAAAGAUUUGGACGUUUUAGAAGCAGAACUGCGACGAGAAUUAAUGAGCGGCUUUGAAAACGAACUCAACUCUGUACUCGGAAAGUUUUUCCAACAACUAGCCGCCCGUAAUGCCAAUUGCAAUAAUAAUGCCGAUGCAUCCUCCCAUGCUUUUGAAACAAAUCAAGCCGCAAGUACAUUGGGACUUAAAACUGUAGACAUUAUUCCACAAAUUGUACAAAAUAGCUCAAUAGAUGGCGAAAAUAUUCGUGUAUCCUGCGGCAUUGGGGAAGAGUGUGUGCCGGAACGGCUAUGCUCCAAUCAGAAUGUGGCUGAUGAUCAUAAAAAUACCAACUGUGCUGCUUCUCAGGUCUGCUGCCUGACAGAAAAUAAGAUUAACGAAACAGCCACUUUAGUUUUGAGUCCACCAGCUACGGAUAACAGAUGUGGCCAACGCAACGCUGAGGGACUUCCAGGUACAACCACCACUAGUGGAACUAACGAAGCGAAGUUUGGUGAAUUUCCGUGGAUAAUAGCCGUUAUGAAACGUAAAUUCUACGGCACUGAGUUUCCUAACGAUACGUAUAUCGGUGCUGGUUCUUUGAUAUCGUCCAACGUUGUUCUAACCGCUGCCCAUAUUGUUUUCGAUAAAUCUAUCGAUGAUUUAUUUGUUAGAGCUGGUGCAUUGGAAUUUAAAACAUUUAGCUAUAACUAUCCCUACGAGAAUCGUUAUAUAAGUGAAAAAAUUGUGCAUGAGAGUUUCACAGGCGUCAAUAAUAUUGCUCUACUAAUUUUGUCGUUUCCGUUUCCAUUGGCCGUGCAUAUUCAGCCAAUUUGCUUGCCAAGUUCCGAGAACACAUUCGAAGCUACUGGCUGCUUCCUCAGUGGUUGGGGGAUUAGUUCCCACGACGGUAGCUCAGAUAUCAAGCAACUGAAGAAAGUAGAACAUUCAACAAUAGAGAGACAAAGGUGUGAGAAUAUGUUGAGAAAAACGCGACUGGGACCAUACUUUCGACUACAUAUUAGUUUUAUGUGCGCUAUUGGUGAGAAAGGUUUGGGCUCUUGCAAAGGCGAUGGAGGAGCUCCUCUAGUAUGCCCAAUCGUAGGUUCGAUCUCUCGCUAUCAGCAAGUGGGCGUAGCCUCUUGGGGCAUCGGCUGUGGCGAAGAGAAUGUGCCUGACGUUUAUGCUAGAGUGGAUUUUGCCAGAAAUUGGAUUGAUGAUAAUCUUAAAUUGAGACAUAUUGAAUUAUGCGAUUGCUAA